CACAUCUCUGCCGUCCAUAAGAAAACAUAUCUACCAAGAACACUUCUAUAUACUCUCUCUCUCUCUCUCUCUCUCUCUCUCUCUCUCAUUUCCCAUUCCGAACCCAGCUGAAUCGCUGAUCUGUGGAAGCUUUCUGGCCUCACACAAGUCAUGGUACCUACUAGGGCCAUCCUUGGCUUACGGAGAGCGGCCCUGCUUCAUCGUCAAAGUGAGUUAUCAGUUCUAGGCAGGAAAGCUUUUAAUACUCAAGCUGCUCCAAAUGCUACUGCAUCCCAGACCCCUCCUCCUCCCCCACCACCUGAGAGAACACAUUUUGGUGGCCUAAAAGAUGAAGAUCGAAUCUUCACCAACAUAUACGGGGUGCACGACCCAUUUCUCAAGGGUGCCUUGAAACGAGGCGAUUGGCACAGGACCAAAGAUCUCGUAGUCAAGGGUGCUGAUUGGAUCGUGAAUGAAAUGAAGAAAUCUGGUCUUCGUGGACGUGGUGGUGCAGGUUUCCCAUCUGGUCUAAAAUGGUCUUUCAUGCCAAAAGUAUCAGACGGCCGUCCUUCCUAUCUUGUUGUUAACGCCGACGAAAGUGAGCCGGGAACCUGUAAAGACAGGGAAAUAAUGAGGCACGACCCUCAUAAAUUGUUAGAAGGCUGCCUCAUUGCUGGCGUGGGAAUGCGAGCUUCCGCUGCAUACAUUUACAUAAGAGGGGAAUACGUUAACGAGCGCCUUAACCUUGAGAAAGCUAGACAAGAAGCGUACGCAGCUGGAUUAUUAGGAAAGAAUGCUUGUGGGUCCGGUUACGACUUCGAAGUGCAUAUCCAUUACGGUGCUGGCGCUUACAUUUGCGGUGAAGAGACCGCGUUGCUCGAAAGCCUGGAAGGUAAACAAGGAAAACCGAGGCUGAAGCCGCCUUUUCCUGCAAACUCAGGGCUUUACGGUUGUCCAACAACUGUCACUAAUGUGGAAACCGUCGCUGUUUCCCCCACAAUUCUGAGACGCGGACCGGAAUGGUUUGCUGGUUUCGGUAGGAAGAACAAUUCUGGGACGAAACUGUUUUGUGUUUCCGGUCAUGUGAACAAACCUUGUACUGUUGAAGAGGAGAUGAGUAUUUCGUUAAGGGAGCUGAUUGACAGGCAUUGCGGAGGUGUCAGAGGUGGUUGGGACAAUCUUCUCGCUGUGAUUCCUGGUGGGUCGUCAGUUCCCUUGCUUCCAAAGGAUAUAUGCGACGAUGUGCUGAUGGACUAUGAUGCACUUAAGGCUGUCCAAUCUGGGUUGGGAACUGCAGCGGUUAUUGUGAUGGAUAAGUCGGCUGAUGUUGUGGAUGCCAUUGCUCGUUUGUCGUAUUUCUACAAGCAUGAGAGCUGUGGGCAAUGUACCCCUUGUAGGGAGGGUACAGGUUGGCUUUGGAUGGUUAUGGAGAGGCUGAAAGUUGGGGAGGCGAAGAUUGAAGAGAUUGAUAUGCUUCAGGAGAUUACAAAGCAGAUUGAAGGGCAUACAAUUUGCGCUUUGGGGGAUGCUGCUGCAUGGCCUGUUCAAGGUCUUAUUCGUCAUUUUAGGCCCGAGCUUGAGAGGAGAAUUAGGGAUCGUGCUCAGAGGGAGUUGCUUCAGGCAGCGGCUGCUUGAGGUUUGAAAUAUAUGCAUUUUUUUCAGUUAUGGUUUGAAAGGAGAACUCUAAACAGUCAUUUUCUUUGUACCAAAAACUUCUCAUAAAUUCUCUCUUGACUACUGCUGGUUGAGAGAUCAUCUUAUUACUUAUUGUUAAAUUAAAUCCCCCAAAACUGUACCAUUAAUUGCCUGUAAGAAAUAAUUUGGUUGUGGGUGAGACUUUUGGUGUUCAGUGUGACAAGUAAUCUGAAUGUUUUACUUAGUUUA